UCCGCAGUUAUAUUGCCGUAUUGGUUUUACGCGCAGAAAUUAGUUUCUUACUGUGUAAGCUACUGUUUGCAGUCACUUCGCCCGACGUCCGCCUCCCUUUAGGUGGAAAAUGAAGUCUCGCGGAGAACCAGUUUAGCCGCGCAUCGUGCAAAUGCUGUGACUGCCUGGCAUCGUUUGUCACCCCUGUCGUUCAAGCUGGGAAAACUGUAGAUUGGGGGGGAAGAAAAGCCGUUGUUGAGCUCACGUACAGGACCCGCAUUAUGGCUGGUACUGAAGAGGACACUCCCAGCAACUUGUCGUCCAACGAAAGUGAUGCACCGGCUACCCAGGCGGUCCAGGGAAAAUCAUUUCAGAGCCCUGCGAAUGCCUCACCACCAAUGAACCGUCGAGGCAGUGAUGCAUCACAGUGUCUCACAACCAAUGGUGUGCGAGCACGCACAGAUGAUCCACUAGCAUCCAUUGCAUCAAAUAGUAGUCAAGUGCCGUUCAACUGGCAAGCUUCAAGAAGCACCGUGCAGGAGCGGCUGUCCUUCCUCUUCAACAAGGAAAUUCUCAGUGAUGUCCGCUUCCUGGUUGGCCGAGGUGCACAGCAGCAACGGUUACCCGCCCACAAGUUUGUACUGUCCGUGGGAAGCGCUGUUUUUGACGCAAUGUUUAACGGGGCUUUGGCGACAAAUGCGGAAGAGGUAGAGCUUCCCGACGUGGAGCCCGCUGCUUUCUUGGCAUUGCUCAAGUUCCUGUACUCUGACAAAGUACAGAUUGGUGCCGAGACCGUGAUGACCACCCUCUACACGGCUAAGAAGUACGCAGUGCCGGCUCUCGAGAAGGCCUGUGUCGACUUCCUUCAGCGACAGCUGAGCAGUGACAACGCCUUUCUGCUUCUAGCACAGGCACGGCUAUUUGACGAGCCUCAGCUGGCUGCGCUCUGUCUCGACACUAUCGACAAGAGCACAGCGGAGGCCCUCGCAGCAGAAGGCUUUGUGGACAUUGACCGGGACACCCUGUGUGCUGUGCUUGAGCGAGACACGCUCCGUAUACGGGAGGUGAAACUGUUUGCCGCUGCUCUGCGCUGGGCGGAGGCGGAGUGCGUGCGCAUGGGACGUCCCGUCACUGCUGACAACAAGCGCGCUGCUCUUGGACGAGCAUUGUUCCUGGUGCGCUUUCCGCUCAUGAGCAUCGAGGAGUUUGCUCUGGGACCAGCGCAGAGUGGCUUACUGACAGACAAGGAGCUAGUCUCACUGUUCCUACACCUUACGGUGAACCCAAAGCCACCGGUCUCAUUUCCAGACAGCCCUCGCUGCUGUAUUUUGGGCAAAGAACAGGUGGUGGCACGGUUUCAGCAGACUGAGAGCCGUUGGGGCUACUCUGGAACAUCCGAUCGCAUCCGGUUUGCUGUGGACAGGAAGAUCUUUGUGCUGGGCUAUGGUUUAUACGGGUCUAUUCAUGGCCCUUCGGACUAUGAUGUCAACAUUCAACUCGUUCAGACAGGCUCCGGCCAAGUGCUUGGCUCGCACGACACAAGUUUUAACAGUGACGGAUCACCAGCCAGAUUUCGUGUGCUCUUCAAGAGCCCAGUGGAAGUGGCUCCAAACGUCAACUACACAGCUUGUGCCACGCUCAAGGGACCAGACUCUCACUACGGAACAAAGGGCUUGCGCAAGGUAACGCUCGACUGCCCACGUGGGAGCAAGGUUACGUUCCAGUUCACCUAUGCCGCUGGAAACAAUAAUGGCACCUCUGUUGAAGAUGGCCAGAUUCCAGAGAUCAUCUUCUUCACAUAGUGCGUCUGGCCGAAAUGGCUCUGCUGUGCCGGUGCAUUUAAGACAGACUGAAAAGCAGCACUCUAGCGUAACCUGUCCCUGAGGACUGUAAACGGAAAAUUGCGUGAAAGCCUCACCGUUACCUGAGCUAAAUGCGCGUAUACCUUGGUUGUGGUAGGAAUGAUCUGCAUAUGUGGAAUUGGAACUGGUUACCCGUGUUACCUUACGUGGGUGUGCUUAGAUGUUGAUUUAUGUAGCAGUAGCAGUAUCAUUAGUGCCCUUAAAAUGCGAUGGCAUUGCUUCCCACCUCUCAAGAGUUGUGUACAAGAAGUGUGGAGUACCAAGUAUUGUCAUGUGCGGUAGGACAGAAUGCCUGUUGGUAGGACUGUGUGAACUAUGGUCUUCAAAAACGAAACAAAUGCAAUUAUUCUAUAGUUGUGGUAUUGAGUUGGGUAUAACAAUACCUUCGCAUACUUCUCAAUUGUUUAAAAAUAUUUUUCAAAUAGGAAAUACUUGUGCUGGUUCCUGAAGUGGAUGGCCACAAACCCCUCUGCUCCCUUCUUAAUAAUUUCCUUCUAACUUACUUUAAAGGGCCCCUCACCAACUUAUUCCAUGUUUUGUUGACACACUUGAAGAUGUCUAAGGAGCGUUAAACCAGAAUAAUUUUUAUAAUUAGUUUAUUAUAGGAGGAGAUAGAAAAAAUUGUCUUUCUAGCACCUUACUAAAAGGAGAGCCACUGUUUUGCUUUGCGGUGCUUUCAGUGGUGACAUAGUGCACUCCGCAUUGAAUCAUGAACCGAAGUCAUGUACAGUCAAACCUGCACUGAACUCUCAAAAAUACGAGAA